UCUAUUAUCUGAUAGCACUGUCAAAAUUAUAGAACUGCUCGAAAAACGAAACUGACAAAUAACCAGACCGUCAAAACCUCAUCGAGUAGGCAAUGGCAACACGUCACUGCAACUGCAUUAACUCCAGAGGUGUUGAUCGCAAUGUGUACAUAUGCAGAUCUCAGUUCGUAACACACACAACAGGAACCAGAAACACGACGCCCUACAAAAAUAAAUGACCUGUGUUUAAGAUGCUCAUGAGACUUGACGAGAUGGAAAAAAAAAAAAAAAAAAAAAAAAAAAAACAAUAAAGCAAAUUAGUUGGUGGUGAGAGGCUUCACUAGCAAAGAGAGCCAUAACCUUUUAAAGUUCACGGGGUUCCUGACACUUCACAGACAAAAGACGGCGUGCAGACGGACCGAACUGUGAUUGGACCAUCAUCCCGCCAAUCAGCAAUAUUUUCAUUUUCCUCCGUUCGCUGACAUCAUGCGGCGGGCGACGCCCACCACGAGCGCCUGUGCAGAUAUAGUACAGUUCUCAUGUUUGCGCCAAGAAGACUGAACAUCGCCGUUUUGUCCAUAAGAGGGAGUCGAGUUUCUUAUGCACCAGUUUUGCUCACUUUCACAACAGAAGUGCGGAGCACGCUGACCGGAGAGGGGGGGAAUAUUGCUUGACAACGGUUAUUUUCUCUCUCGGCGGCUGUGGAAACUCAUAUCUUUGCUCGGAUAGUCAGUCAGUCGGUCAGUCCAGCCGCCACUCUCAACUUUGCCUCUUCGCCGCAGCCGAGAAACAAACGUGUUCAUGAUCACCAGGAAGCGCCUCACUUUCUCAUACCUGGAUUAACUCGCAGGCGAAGGUUUUUCUUUUUCUUUUUUUUUUUUUUUUCGUAAGGAGGAGGCUUUUUCUUGGUCAGAAUGUUGUGGAAAUUAGCCGACAACGUGAAAUACGAGGAUGACUGUGAGGAAAGGCACGACGGCAACAGCAAUGGGAACCCCCGGCUGCCUCACCUGCCGGCUGUCAGUCAGCACCUCUACAGCCCGUCUCCUUCACUCUCGCACUCGGCCAGUUCGGACUUCCAGCCCCCGUACUUUCCUCCUCCCUACCAGCCCAUCUCGUACCCGCAGUCCAGCGACCCCUACUCUCACCUCGGCGACCCUUUCAACAUCAACUCCAUACACCAGUCGCCGUCGUCGAACCAGCAGCAACCGUGGCCUGGCCGGCAGGGCCAGGAGGGGCUCGGCGGCCACGGGAGGAGCGGGCUGGCGGGUCAGAUCCUGGGCCUGGAGGGAGGCUCCUCCGGGGUGAGGAGGGAAGGGUUCCGCCGGCCGGAGCUGCUGGCGCCGCACACGCACGGCCUGGAGUCCUCGGUUAUCGGUGACAACAUGGGGAUGCACGAAAUGGGACACGGACUGGAUGACGUUCAACAUGUAGAUGACCACAGUAUUAUUAUGGCAGAUCAGACAGUCAUUAAAAAAGUAUUAGGACUACGAGGUGGCAGGAACCUUGAUCGCUUACAGAGGACUUAUUAUCAGGGGGGCAUUCUUGCUGGUCCUGUCACUCUACCUAAAGGCAACGCACUGGGCCUCCCCUUCCAGAAAGAGUCCCUCCUGGGCAUGGUGUCAAAUCCCACAGAGGUGUUUUGCUCCGUACCGGGGCGCCUUUCCUUGCUGAGCUCCACAUCCAAGUACAAGGUCACCGUGGCUGAAGUCCAGAGGCGUUUGUCACCCCCGGAGUGCCUCAACGCAUCGCUCCUGGGAGGCGUCUUACGCAGAGCCAAGUCAAAAAACGGAGGCCGCUCGCUGAGAGAAAAGCUGGACAAAAUCGGACUCAAUCUGCCUGCAGGAAGACGGAAGGCAGCCAACGUCACUCUACUUACCUCACUAGUAGAAGGUGAAGCCGUUCAUUUAGCAAGAGAUUUUGGUUACGUGUGCGAGACUGAGUUCCCUGCAAAGGCAAUUGCCGAAUACCUGGGCAGGCCACAUGUGGAGCGCAACGAGGUUAACUCUCGCAAGAACAUGCUCCUUGCUGCCAAGCAAAUCUGCAAGGAGUUCACUGACCUGCUCACUCAGGACCGAUCACCUUUAGGAAACUCUAGGCCUGCUCCGAUUUUGGAGCCUGGAAUCCAAGGCUGCCUGACUCACUUCAGCCUCAUCACUCACGGCUUCGGCUCCCCGGCCAUCUGCGCCGCUAUGACCUCCCUUCAGAACUACCUGAAUGAGGCUCUCAAACAAGUGGACAAGAUGUACCUGAGCUCUGGCAGCGACACCCAGGGAUCCUCAGACAGUGGGAGCAAAUCUACCGACAAAAUGGACAAGCACAGGAAAUGAGAGCUCAAAGGAGAAUCCCUAUGAACUUCAGAACCUCCCGAGUCCCUUAAUCUUGCUGCCCUGUCUGCCCCCUUUUGGACUUCUUUUUUUUUUUUUUUUAAAUCAAUAUUUAGUAUUGUCAUUUUGAGAGCUGACUUUGUGGGUGAAUGUGUACGUGUUUUCGCACUGUAACCGUAUAUAUUUUUGAGAAGUUGAGGAUUUUUAGCACAGCUUUGUUGCGAGGCAGUCAGUGUUGGCGUUUGCGGUGAAUGCUGUGGACCGGUCUUAAUGGGAGCCUUCUGUGUGAAUGAGUAAUACACACCAUGUCACUAACCACUAUGCAGUUUUAUACAGUUGCUAAUGGGCUGAUCAUACAAACAUUGGACCUAUACUUUGUUGACAAGAGAAAAGAAGAAAAAAAAACAAAAAAAAAACACAGAGAGCGUUCUGUGUUUUUUCUCUCCCUAGAGGACAUCAUUUCAAGAUGACUUGCUGUGGCUGUGAAUUCCUCUCAGCUUCCCCCUCUCCCCUGCUCUGUCUGAGGGCAAAUCCACUGAUUUCCUGUGUCUCAAUGGACUUGCAAAGGACAUUUUUUUUUUUUUUUUUUUUUUUUUUUAGUGCUUGAUUUGUACAGCCACUUCGUAAUGGCUCCAGUGUUAUUGUGCUUUGUUCCUGGGAGAUGAUCUGAAACUUGUGUAGGCCUGGAUGAGAAAAGACUAUUAUUGGUUUGUCAGUCUGUGCUCGGUCAGAAACCAGAGACUUUAAAGUUGCUACAAUAAAAGCCUCUUCAGUGUUCAUGUGGAUUACAGGCAUAGCCGCGUUUCCAUUGUUACUCUAUCUUUUAAACACGGCAGUGAGAAUACAACAGUUUUGUGACCAACGUAUUCAUCAUCCUUAGUAUUUAAAAAAAAAAAAAAGGAAAAAAAAAAUGUCCAAACUACCAACCAACUUAGUCCCCCGCCAGAGUUUUGUGAGAAUGUUUGUAAAUGUACAUAUUUUUUUUUCUUUCGAAAUGUUUUUAAUUAGACAUUAAAUUCCAAACAUAGAAUUUUAUCCAGUGUCUUGUCCUGGAUGUAAAUAUUUUCUAAUUUAUGUUGUAAUUUAAUGGGCUUGUGUAAAUAGCGGUAUCAUUCUGGUGUACGGUUUAACUUUUUAUGACCAUGUGUUUUAUAAAUGGGUUAGUUUUUUAUCGAGUAGAGGUUAGGAAGUGGGCAUGAUAUACUUUUUUGAAAAUAUGUUUUAAAAAAAAGAAGAAAAAAAAGGAGAAAAAAAAGCUGUUUCAAAGUUUCAGGAAAAAAAAAUAAAAAUAAAAAAACAAAAGCCUCAAGCCUGA